CGUGAUGAAAGUUUAUGCAUAGAUUGUGUUAUGACUUUAUUGUAUAGUGAAAGGUUGUGACUGCCAUGGUGCUCUAAGCCUCAUUAGCUAAUUAAUCUUUGUAUGUAAGGGAAAAAAAAAUCCUGAAUGUGGCAUACAACACAGCAAAAUCAGUGAACCACUGAUAAAGUACUGGUAAGCAAAUGGAUCAAUGUAUAACUUGCCUUCUACGUGUUCAGAUCAGACUGGCCAUCAUCUACAUGACCUGUUAGAUAACAGAAGUUGUGAUGUCAUGGGAUCUGGCCUUCCUGACCCAUCCACCCCCAGAUCCUGAGAGCACAACCAUGUCAGUGACGAGUUCCCCACCCCUGCUGAUCAACAGCACGUCCACUGUCUCAGAACAAGAACUCUACGCCAUGUUUGACGAUAUUUCCAACACCACCACAAACGGCACAGAUACAACACCGGUGUACAUCGGCUACAUCAGUGCUGGAGUCGCAGUCCUCUUCUAUGGCAGCAAUUUUAUCCCUGUGAAAAAGUUUGAAACUGGGGAUGGCAUGUUUUUCCAGCUGGUUUUGUGCACAGCCAUUUUAUUUGUGGGAAUUGUUGUGAACAUUAUCAGAAACGCCCCAAAGUUUUACCCAUUUGUCAUGGUGGGCGGAGCUAUUUGGGCAACAGGUAAUGUGUUUGUUGUGCCUAUCAUUAAGACUAUAGGCAUGGGUCUAGGUCUCUGUAUCUGGGGAUGCACAAACCUUUUAUCUGGAUGGGCUACAGGGAGGUUUGGCGCAUUUGGCUUCAUCAAUCCUGAAGUACCGUCCAAUGUCGGCUUGAAUUAUGCAGGUGUAGCCUUGGCUGUCCUAAGUGCUUCUGUAUACCUGUUUGUGAGAUCAGAGGUCAGCACGAGUAUAGAGAUCACCGUGAAUUCCACUGAUGAUGAGAGAGACCCGCUGUUACCUACGCAGGCUAAACGAAAUUCAAUUCCGAAACAAAGUCUGUCCAGUCUGGGCUCUGGGUCAUUUGGAGCCUCUGUGGAGCGAGAUGGUAGUGUGAACCCUGCCUGGUUACCAGAGGGACCAAUUGCAGACAAACUCAAUAAAAGUAAUCAGAGUGCUGACAUUUUCCUUGAACGGCUGUCACCAAUGGUAAAACGAGUUAUAGGAUCAGUGUUGUCUCUUAUAUCCGGUGUUUUGUAUGGGAUUUGUUUUGCUCCAGCUAUUCAUGUGCAAGACAAGGUGGAGGGUGCCAGUGCGAAUGGUCUGGACUAUGUAUUUGCUCAUUUUACUGGUAUCUUUGCUGCCAGUGUUGUGUACUUCAUGAUCUAUGCAGCCAUCAUGAAGAAUGAACCAAAGGUGUACCCUAAGGUUAUCAUGCCAGCAUUGCUGUCUGGUUUGAUGUGGGGAGUGGCCACCACCUGCUGGUUUGUAGCUAAUAAAGCUCUCUCAGAGCCUGUCUCCUUCCCCAUCAUCACUACAGGCCCAGGGGUUGUGGCUUCUAUCUGGGUCCUGGUGUUCAAGGAAAUCAGGGGCCAUCGUAACCUUGUGCUGCUGUCAAUUGCGUUUUGUUUGACCUUGGCCUGUGGGUGUUAGCGGGUAUGUCAGAUGCGUGAUAUAGUACAGCUCACUUACUGCAGCGAACUUCAGGUGUUCUGAGCCAAGGAUCCAGGGCCAUGUGGUAUUAUCGUGUAUCACAAUAGAUUACAAGAAUGACUGAGCGUAAUGACUCCAAGAAUCAUGACUUGGCAUCCCCGGCUGAAGAUUUAGUUUAUAUACUGUAUUUUGAGCAUCCUCAGAAAUCAUCUGAUAAAAUCGGACCAUUUUGAGGGCUAUAUUCCAGGUUUCCAUUACUGUUCAAAUAUGCUAAAAGAAAAUAUAUCUAUAGUGGGAUGUUCCUUCUUUGUUUGAGAAGGUAUAUUUUUCAGGUAAUUUUGUUACUGUGGGCUUAAAUUUUACAUAAAUUAUUAUCAUAUUACUGAGUAUGAACGACAUUCCUUUAUGGUUGCUUAAUUUCUGUUUUUGAUCUUAUAGAUCGUAGAACAUGAUAAAUAAUACAUAAACUCUGCCUGCCAUGUGCUACGUCAGUGCGGGGUCAUCUAUUUUUAAUAUUGUGUCAGAGUAAUUCCCCUUUUCUAUUUGGAAACACUGUUGAAAAUAUUGUACAGAAGAACAAUUACAUUCUACCAGGACAUUUAACACAUCAUUCCAAAAAUGUCGGGCACAUUUACCAUACUUUUAUACACGUAUCCUAUUGCUGUUUUACCUGUUGUCAGUUUUCAGUAUCAUUUGCAUAUCUGAUGGGGAAAAUCAUCACUCAUGUGUAGACAGUGUUCUGUGAAAAGGAAAGGGUCUUACAAAACUUGCAAAGGACAGGCCCAAGUGGAAGUCACCUUAAAUUUCCAUUUUGUGCCUUUUUUGCAGAGGAUGUGUUUCCUGGAAAUCAUCAUUUAUGUGUAUUGUAAAAGAGUGGCAUAUAAAAACUAUGUGUGCUGGAGGGAAAUUCCCUUCAAUAGUCUAGUGGUUAAAGUGUGGACUCUCUGAACCCAGAGAUCAUUGGUUCAAAUCCCCAGCUGGUAAGCCCUGUCAAAGUAUAAUGUUUGAAACUUGUUUAUAUUGACCUAGUUUACAUAAUAUGCCUAGAUUGUCACAUAGAAGAAUGUGAAAUCACAUAUAAUGAUAACACACUUUCCUGGAAUUUACUGUGUAAAAUCCUAGAUGUUCUGGGUCUGCUGCCUGUUUAACUUUGGAAAAAAUUUGGAAAUAUGUGAAAUAAAUGUAUCACAAUUUGAACACUUUGGAUUCCGUGCCACAUAUUGAAGAUUUUGAAUUUUUUGAUUAAAUCCAAAAUGGCUUCGUGGAAUUGGCCACUAGUCUUAUGUUCGAAAGGUAUAUACACUUGUCACUGUAGCAUAGCGUAGAUAUUAUCCAUAAGCAUUUGUCCUGUUCAAGUGUCACUGUAGUCCCCAUCCUCACCCAUAGACCUGUGGACAAGCUUUUCAUUUUAUCAUUUUGCUGUUUGAUGAAAGUGGGGAGUGACUUUUCAAAACCAUCCAUUCUCCCUUUUUUUAUCAUUCAACUUUGCUUGCUUUGAUAAUUUAUAAUAGCUGUGGAAUUGUGAGCAGAAAGAAAUCUGGUUACAUGAACAAAUGUGAUAGAAAAUCGUAAUAUUUUGAUUAUGAACUUGUGAUAAACUUAAUGUAUUUUUUAUCGGUGGUAAAACUUUGUCAUUAACUUUUUGCAGCAUGUGAUAUACAUGUAUACUGGUUCCAUAAAUGAAUUAGAUAUCCUACUAUUUAUUGUCAUUUAUGUUGAAGUUUGUGUAUGACAUGCAGAGGACACCAGUUUGUAAUUUGUGCUGGUUUGUCUAUCAUCCCAUAACAGCUUUCAGCAUUGAGAAGUGAUUAACAGAGGCAGCUUUCACAAACCUGUGGAAAUCAAGUUUCUAAUGCUUUUUCCUAAAUGCCAUUGUUUGUAUCAUUGCACCAUAGAGGUGACUUGUUUUAAUAUUAACGUUAAUCCAGAAAGGUUGGUCAAACUGAAUUCAGUCUAAAAACAGGUGCUGUUACUUCCCUGUGAAUUACCUCCCUUGAGUAAUCAAUCUGAUCUGAACUGUUGCUGAAAUAUUGCUAUAGUAUCAUGUAGCUUUGUUUGGGACAUGAAGUCAUGAAUGAUAUUAUGGAUGCCUACAACAUAGAUUCACAUACGUAGUAAUAAAUUGAUUAUAAGAAACAGUAAUAAUGAGACAUAGACUGUGCAGCUAAAUACACAAAGCUGCUUAAAAAUUAAGUCAUGAUAAAGCUGUAUAAAUCGUAAUGUUUUAUGGCCAUUGACGUAUGAAAUGCAUGUGAACAGAUGAUGUAGGUACUGCAUUCCAUCACAAGAUGUAUUGUUCAGGUUAACAAAGCAGAAAUGCUGAUUACGUGUAUUAGCUUGAUGCGAAUGAAGAUAAUUGUUUUUAUCAGCUGUGAUAGAUUUACGUAGCCAGCAUGUAGUGUGAUAGAGACUAGAACAAAUGUAAUGUGGAACAGGCCACUGAUUCUGACAUAUCACAUACCUUUAUUUAUUGUACACUAAUAUUGAUUACAGCAUAUAAUAUAUGUGCGAUAAGUGUGUAUGUAUGUAAGCUGGACACAUGCGGGUGUGUGUAAUUGAGGUUGUUAGGUUGACUGUAGAUGAUCAGAGAUAUGAAAUGUCAUUCAUCAGUCAUUUCAGUUGGGAAAAUUGUUGUGGGCAACUUCAUGAAAUAAUUUUAAUAGAAAGGAUUCUGAUAGAAAGAGAUUUUUAUUUGUAACUAAUAACAGUUUAAUGAUGGAACAACCCGUGUUCACUGUAUUGGAAUUCUUGAUUUAGGACACACCAGUGUAAACAGUGAUCAAAUGUGAUAGCAUUUGUCAGCUUUUGUCAGUUUAGCCGAUGUCGUCGGGUAUCUUUGUUAAAAUGAGUGUGGAGCAGAAUGCUGCUGCCUAGAUACUAGUCCUGGAAUAUUCAGUGGUGCAUUCCCUGUUCAACCUGUUAGUCAGGUGAUAACCCUAUGCACUGAUGUUGUGUGUGUAACUCUAUACAUGUCCAUGUGUGCGUAUAUCAACAAAGUGUGUUGUGAAAAUAAAAGUGUUCAUUUCUGGCUGAUCAAAUAAUAAAUGUAAAGCCUGGAGGGGGCUGAACAUCCCAACCAGAGUCUUGUUUUCAUAAUCCAAAGAUUUAAAAAUGCAUGAAAUGUGUUUUGUUUUUAUGGCUGAUAAAUUUGAUAUGGAUAGUAAAUAAAUAUAUAGACCUAUAUAUUCUGUAUAAGUAGUGCAUGUACUUCAUCACCAAAUCUGC